AUGCAGCGGGAGCCGCGCAAGCGGGCGCGCCGCGCCGUGACGCGGUUCGCGGACGAGCACGAUGCGGACCCGGGCCUGGAGCUGGCGCUCAAGCUCUCGAUGCAGCAGGUCAAGCGCGAGGAGAAGGAGGCGGAGGACGCGCCGGUGUUCCGCCCCAGCGUGGCGGAGUUCCUCGACCCGCUCGCGUACAUCGCAAGCAUCAAGGACGUCGGGCGGCAGCACGGCAUCGUCAAGAUCAUCCCCCCCGAGGGCUGGGUGCCGGAGUUCCACCCCGAGGGCAUCCGCAGCGAGAAGCCCUUCACCACGAAGCGACAGCGCGUGCACAAGCUCCAGGAGGCCGCGCACUUCGAGGAGGGCGGGCGGUACACGCAGCAGGAGUACCGCGACACGCAGGCCAAGUUCGAGGCCGACUUCUGGGCCAAGCACCCGCAGAUCGAGGAGGACGCGCAGGAGAUCGCGGCGACGCUCCGCGACGCGCGGCCGGCGUUCCGGGAGUUGUCGGAGGACGCGCUGAUGGCUGAGGCGCGCGCGCUGGCGCUGGAGAAGUUCUACUGGCGCGUGGUCGACACGUCGUGCGAGGAGGUCGUCGUGGACUACGCGCACGACCUCGACGUCCUGCGCUACGGCAGCGCCUUUGGCCCGCACACGCGCCCGCCCGCGCCGCCGCCGGCGCACGCCAAGCGGCCCGCGUCGCCGGCGUCGAGCGGCGAGACGGAGACCACGGAGCAGAACGAGGCCAUCGCGGCCCUCGACGCCCUCCCGUCCGUCCUCGAGGCGCACCCGUGGGAGCCCACGCGCAUCGCCGUCGGGCCGCAGUCCCUGCUCCGCCGCAUGGACUUCGGGCUCGAGGGCGUGACGCGCCCGUGGCUGUACUACGGCGCGCUGUUCGCCACGUUCUCGUGGCACACGGAGGACCACCACUGCUACUCUAUCAACUACAUGCAUAGGGGCGCCGCCAAGUCGUGGUACGGGGUGCCGCAGAGCCAGGCGCGGCAGUUCGAGAGCUGCGUCCGGCGGGCGCUCCCGCUGCUGUUCCGCGACAAGCCGGACGUGCUGUACCACAUGAAUUUGAUGGUGCCGCCGACGACGCUCAUCAACGCGGGCGUGAAGGUCGUGCGCGCGGUGCAGCGCCCGGGGGAGUUCAUCGUGACGUUCCCCGAGGGCUUCCACGGCGGGUUCUCGCACGGGUGGAACUGCGCGGAGGCGGUGAACUUCGCGCUCGUCGACUGGCUGCCCGCGGGGCGCGAAGCCAUGCUCAAGUACCGCUCGGGGAAAGGGAAGCGGUCGAGCAUCUUCGCGCACGACAAGCUGGUGUACGACCUCGCGUGCGAGGCCAUCCGCGCCGCGCAGGACGCGGGCUUCCGGUCUGCGCCGCUGCCGGCGGCGGUGCUGCGUCGCCUCGACCGCAAGCGCGUCGCCGCGGCGCAGGCCGCGCGGAGCCGCCCGGAGAUCCUCGCGGCGAUCGAGGCGGAGAAGGCGCAGCGGCGGGAGGCGCGGAGGGCGCGCGGGGAGGACGUCGACGAGGAGGACGCCGCUCACGGCCGCGCGGUCGUCGGGACGACCGUCGCGCCGCCGCCGGGCGGGGAGGGACCCGGUGGGGUCCAGGGCGACGCACUGCUGAAGUCGAAGGCCGCGAAGGACGCGACGCGUGCGGCGGAGGGGGCGUCGCCGGCACAGAAGACGCCUGGCACCCCCCAGGGUGUGGAUGGGGCGGCGGCGAAGGAGGAGGGGGCGGCCGCGCCGGCGGCGCCGUCCCAGGACGCGGCGUCCGGUGCCGCGCCGCUGCUGAAGCCGGCGGGCGUCGGGGAGCUGUGGGACGACAGCGGGCUCGACCUGGCGACGAUCGAGCGGCCCGACCCUGCGGUGCCGCUGCUGCCGCGGCGCGACGGGCCGGACCUCGCGGCGCCGGACAGCGGGGCGGAGUCGGACGCGGGGGGCUCUGAGAGCGACGAGGGCGACGGCGACGGGCGGCGGCGGCGGUACCGGCCGGUCACGACGGCGCGCGCGCUGGAGUACGUGCCGCACGUGGGGGUCUCGCGGCUGCCGCGGUGGUUCGCGCACGAGUACGACUGGUCGGUCCUGCUGCUGCACUUCGCGGAAGUGAAGGCCGACGAGGACCGGUGGCGCUCGUGGCUCCGAGAUCACAAAGCGGGGGGUCUGCAGGAGACAAGCGCGGUGCCGCGCGAGAAGGACGUGAGGGACCCGGAGGAGUGUUGCAUCUGCCAGGUGGUGCCGUAUCUGUCCGUGGUGAAGUGCGAGUGCCGGCUGCACCCGGCCGUGAACGACCCGGAGGAGCUCAUGUGUCCGGAGCACGCCUUCCACGGGUGCACGUGCAAGCCGUACCAGAAGACGAUGGAGGUGCGCGUGAGCGACGAGGACCUCGAGACGGUGCUGUGGUGCCUCCAGCAGCUCGCGGCGCGGCACCCGGCGCCCGAGGGCACGCCCGAGGCCUACGCAGGCCAGAUGGCGCGCGCGAUCGUGAACGCGCGCGCGUCGAAGAAGAACCGCCCCGCGGUGGACGCGGCGGACUUCGGCGGCGACAUGCGGUGCUCCAAGUCGGCCGGGAGCUGGCGGUGCAAGGAGGAGCGGGAGCCUGGGUCGCGGUUCUGUGCCAAGCACGCAGUGCGGGUGCGCGGGCCGGUGCUGUAUCUCGACGACGCAGCGGGCGCCGCGGCGGCGCCCGCUGCGGCAGCAGACGUGGCGCCGCCGGCGAAGAAGGCCAGGGUGCGCAGCGGGAAGGGGAGCUCGCGGGCGCCCGCGGACGGGGAGCGCUGCGUGUGGAACAACCCCGCAGGGACGCACCGGUGCCGGGCGGUGCGGGCCGAAGGAGAGGAGUAUUGCAAGUUCCACCUGGAGCGCAAGGACGCGGUGAAACACAGCGUGGUGGUCGGCGGCGUGGAGAAGCGACGGUGCCAGCGCACGAACGGGCGCGAGUGGCAGUGCUCGAAGCCCGCGGAGGAGGGCUCCGUGUUCUGCAAGAAGCACUACACGCAGAACAUCGCGGCGCGCAGACGGCGGAAGCACCUGGGGGCGAGCGGGGGGAAGGCGGCGGUAAAGAAGGAAGUGGCCGCCGAGGGGCAGCCGGCGGAGGGCGCGGCGGAGGGGGCUGCGCCGGCGGCGCCGGCGAAACUGCCAGAGCAAGUCUCGCCCGUGCCCGCAGCAGUAUGA